UGUCAUGAAGCCACCCUCCUGACUCCUGCUACCUUCCUUACGAAAUACUCGAGUUUUCCAUCAUCAUCACCUCUCUCCGUGCUGCUCUGGCGUCGUCAUCAUCAUCGCAUUGCUUCCCAACACGCAGCCCGAGCAGCUCGCCGAAUCAUGUCUACGCAAAUUGACCUCCUCCUUGCCACGCAUUCGGCUGCGAGCAUCCCCGAGGAGCCUCAGCCCGGCCCAUCGGCCGCGCCCUCGCUUACAUACUCGGAUUCGUCUGAUGAGCAUGAACCGGAAGAGCCGCGCCAGCCAGAACUCCGCCGCCGACGCGCAUCGACGCGAUUGAUCGCCCAGAGCCCGGCCGAUGUGCAGCGCAUCACGGGCGAGACCACCACUCAAUUGAUCCGGCGCUGCUGCGGCGGCGGCUGUUGUCUUGGCCUCGGGCGGCCAGAGCAGCAAGAUGUCGAUUUCGAGCAAAUUGAAUUCCCUGACAAUGACGCAUACCGGUCCUUGUGCCUUAAGAUCGACCGAGUACCCGCCACACUCACCAACGUCUGCGAUGUGCCCGAGCAGACCGUUUUCUUGCAACCGCUCCGGCGACCCUCCAGCAUACCGUCUCCCACCGACUCGGCCGCCUCGCUGGACGCGGACGGCGAGACGUCAGCUGUGGGUGAUGUCGAGAAGACGCUGCACAACCUGAGCCUCGAGGCUCCCGACACGCGGAUACAGCCGCCUUUAUUCGUCCAGCCCCACCCCCCGCACCACGUUUUCGCCGCGCGCAUCCACAGCGCACGCGAGCUGACGCGCCCGGGCGCCGAGAAGCGCACAUUUCACUUCGAUCUCGACGUGACAAACUACCCCGAGGGCGAGGAUGUCGACUUCAAAGUUGGCGGCGCGAUUGGUGUCACGGCCCCCAAUGAGGCGUCGAUGGUGGAAGAAGUUCUCGACCUCCUCCUGGUGCCCCGCUUCCUGCGCGAUAAGCCGGUGCUGCUGCGGACGACAAAGGGACGCUGGCCCACCGUUUGGGGCGACGACCAAGCCCGCGAGCUCGUCACCACCCGGCGGGACCUGCUGACCUGGUGCUCGGACAUCCAGUCGUACCCGCCGACCAAGCCACUGCUCCGCGUCCUCGCCGAGCACGCCACGGACGCAAACGAGCGCAAGGUGCUCCUGUACCUCUGCUCGGCCGAGGGCCAGGGCGUGUUCUGCGACUUCCGCACCGGCCCGCACGUCUCUCUCGUGCAGCUGCUGCACGCCUUCCCGAGCGCCAAGCCGCCGUUGGACCUGCUACUCUCGGUCCUGCAGCCCCUGAUGCCCCGGUUCUACUCACUGUCGAACGACCCGCACGAGUCGUUCCUGACGCGCGACGGCAAGCAGCACCGGCUGAUCGAGAUCGCCGUGACGGUUCAUGAGACCGCCGACUGGCGCUCGGGACGCCGGACGGGCGUGGGGUCGGGCUUCUUCCAGCGGCAGGCGCUCGCUUUCCUCGACGCGCAGCGGCGCGGCGAGAGGGACCCGGAGUUCUACAUCCCCAUGUUCAAGGGCCUGAUGGCGAACCCGCUGGCCAAGCAGUUCGUCUCGGACGGGCCGAUGCUGCUGAUCGGGGCGGGCGUCGGCAUCGCGCCCUUCCGCGGCUUCGUGCAGCGGCGCCUCAAGACGGCCAACUGCGCCAACAAGGUGUGGGUGCUGCAGGGCAUCCGCGACUCGCUGCUCGACGAGCUCUACAGCGGCGAGUGGGGCGCGCACGAGGACGAGGUCAAGCGGGUUGUCGAGAGCCGCCGCGGCGAGGGCCGCUACGUGCAGGAGGAGGUCCGCGCCCAGGCCGACCUGGUCUGGUACAUCAUCAACUCGGUCGACGGCCGCGUCUUUGUCUGCGGCAGCAGCAAGGGCAUGGGCGAGGGCGUCGAGCAGGCGCUCGUCGACGUCGCCAUGGCCAAGGGCAACCUCGAGCGCGAGGAGGCCCAGCAGUUCUGGAAUCUGAAGAGGGAGGCGGGGCAGUACAUUACCGAGACGUGGUGAUCGCUCGGUGUUUGAAAUGGUUGGCUGCUACUCUUUUGCUAUGGGACACAUUUUAGUUUACAGGGAAACUCGCACGCUCAUGGCCGCGGACAUGGCUGGGCAUGGUGGUAAAGAGAAAAGCAGAAGAAGGCGUUUGGGGCGCUUGCUUUGCUUUGCAUCAACAACGGAGUUUAGGGUUUUCUAUGACUCUAUACCACUGGCUCGCGCCGGCUAGCGGAGAAGACAAUAAUACACGGCAUUACUUCACCUGGGCUGGGCCUGUACACCGGCUGGCUCCUAACAGCUGCAUGGAA